AUGAAUACCAAUAAAUUAACUGAAGAAGCUUUUACUGAACGAUAUCUUAAAUUGAGAAGAGAAGCUGCAGCAUCUACCACAAAUUUUGAAAAAUUAUUUAACAAAGCAAAAAUCAAUAAAAAUAUUACUGGAACAAGGGGCAUUUAUACUUUUUGUAUAUAUAGAAAAAUAUAUUAUCAGAUUGGAUCACUUCUUCCUCAACUCGCUACUGCUUCACCUGAAUUUGUGCAAAUUUAUAUUUUUGAUACAGAUCACAAAACACAAAAUAGACAUAUAGAUAGAGUUUUACAACAAACUCUUUCUCAAAAUUUAUCAAUAAUAAUUAAAGACUCUAGAACAACUGAUCCACAUCAUUAUAAUAUUCCAAGUGCAUCUGAAAUUGUAGCUAUUAAAGGUGAAGAUGGGUGGCAUCCAAAUAUUUCUUUUUAUAGUGAGAUGCAAGAGUCUUUUUUAUAUAAUGUAGAUAUUGAGAAGUCACAGGAUUUAGAUGAAUCCAUGAGACCUGAAUUACUUUGGAAAAAGCAUAUUUUAGCUUUAAGCAAUGAUAUUCUUGAAGCUUAUAAUGAUACAGACUGGCACAAUAGAGCAUUACAAUACUUGGAAUCUAUUCUACUUAAGCAUGAAAUGAGACUUGAAAAUUUUCAAAACAUGCCAAUUCCAAUAUUAUUAUCUGAGGAACUAUUUUAG